UUACCUGGUGUUUUACUAGAUAACUGGGAUUUGCAACGCCCUUGCCAUACCUUUGGUUGGUCUCGAGUGGACUUGAGUUUGGUAGGCCUACUCAUUCCCAGAAAAUAAGAGAUAAUAGGAUAAAUCUGACGUCAUAAGUUUGACUCCAUGACAAUCUUUUGAUAUCACUUCAUCCAGUUUUAGAUUACUUGGAUCAUCUUGUUGCCACAUCUUGUAGGUCACAAAGCAAUAAUGACAACGGUAAAAACUGGAUAUCUUCUUAGAUAUGGAAAGGGUAGUAUCCUAGAUAAAGAGGAUAAAUGGAAGAAAAAUUAUUUUGUACUUUACUCGGACAGUACACUCACAUGGUAUAAGAAUCCGGGUGAUACAAAAGACAAGGGAACUGUUCUUUUGAAAAACAUAGCAUAUUACAUUGCGGUAGGUGAUAAAACAUCGCUUCCAGAUCGACCGAUGUUACCACCCGAGGCUUCAGUAUACAAUCUCAUUUCUAUACCGCAGGCGUUGAAAAAGAAGAAAAUUCACUGGAUCCUAUGUGAACACAUCAAUGACUUGAAUGCAUGGAUGGAAGCCAUAGCCAGCACACUCCCACCGGAUCAGCAACUGGGAGCAGGCCCUUCGGCUCCACAGUUUGGAGCAGGGCCAUCUGUCGGUUUCGAUGGAGCGGCUGCCAUACCCGGGCCUCCUAUAGGCAUAGGCUUCGAGGGGGUGGCUGCUGCAGCUUCGUAUGACGCACCGACUGGGGCACCGUACCCACCGCCCCCAGGACACAUGCCCUACCCCCAAUAA